AUGGAUCCCCUCCAGGUUCUGAUGGUCCUGAAACACACACUCUCUCGUCCCUUCUCGUCCCCUCUCGCCUCCUCUCGCCUCUCGUCCCCUCUCGCCUCUCGUCCCCUCUCGCCCCCUCUCGUCCCCUCUCGCCUCUCGUCCCCUCUCGCCUCUCGUCCCCUCUCGCCUCUCGCCCCCUCUCGUCCCCUCUCGCCUCUCGUCCCCUCUCGUCCCCUCUCGUCCCCUCUCGCCUCUCGUCCCCUCUCGCCUCUCGUCCCCUCUCGCUUCUCGUCCCCUCUCGCCUCUCGUCCCCUCUCGCCUCUCGUCCCCUCUCGUCCCCUCUCGCCUCUCGUCCCCUCUCCCCUCUCGUCCCCUCUCGCCUCUCGUCCCCUCUCGCCUCUCGUCUCUCGUCCCCUCUCCCCUCUCGUCCCCUCUCCCCUCUCGUCCCCUCUCGCCUCUCGUCUCUCGUCCCCUCUCCCCUCUCGUCCCCUCUCCCCUCUCGUCCCCUCUCCCCUCUCGUCCCCUCUCCCCUCUCGUCCCCUCUCGCCUCUCGUCCCCUCUCGCCUCUCGUCCCCUCUCGCCUCUCGUCCCCUCUCGCCUCUCGUCCCCUCUCGCCUCUCGUCCCCUCUUGUCCCCUCUCACCUCUCGCCCCUCGUCCCCUCUCGCCCCUCGUCCCCUCUCGCCUCCUCUCGCCUCUCGUCCCCUCUCGCCUCUCGUCCCCUCUCGCCUCUCGUCCCCUCUCGCCUCUCGUCCCCUCUCGCCUCUCGUCCCCUCUCGCCUCUCGUCCCCUCUCGCCUCUCGUCCCCUCUCGCCUCUCGUCCCCUCUCGCCUCUCGUCCCCUCUCGCCUCUCGUCCCCUCUCGCCUCUCGUCUCUCGUCCCCUCUCCCCUCUCGUCCCCUCUCCCCUCUCGUCCCCUCUCGCCUCUCGUCCCCUCUCCCCUCUCGUCCCCUCUCGCCUCUCGUCCCCUCUCGCCUCUCGUCUCUCGUCCCCUCUCCCCUCUCGUCCCCUCUCCCCUCUCGUCCCCUCUCCCCUCUCGUCCCCUCUCGCCUCUCGUCCCCUCUCGCCUCUCGUCUCUCGUCCCCUCUCCCCUCUCGUCCCCUCUCCCCUCUCGUCCCCUCUCGCCUCUCGUCUCUCGUCCCCUCUCCCCUCUCGUCCCCUCUCCCCUCUCGUCCCCUCUCCCCUCUCGUCCCCUCUCGCCUCUCGUCCCCUCUCGCCUCUCGUCCCCUCUCGCCUCUCGUCCCCUCUCGCCUCUCGUCCCCUCUCGCCUCUCGUCCCCUCUUGUCCCCUCUCACCUCUCGCCCCUCGUCCCCUCUCGCCCCUCGUCCCCUCUCGCCUCCUCUCGCCUCUCGUCCCCUCUCGCCUCUCGUCCCCUCUCGCCUCUCGUCCCCUCUCGCCUCUCGUCCCCUCUCGCCUCUCGUCCCCUCUCGCCUCUCGUCCCCUCUCUCGCCUCUCGUCCCCUCUCGCCCCUCGUCCCCUCUCGCCUCUCGUCCCCUCUCGCCUCUCGUCCCCUCUCGCCUCUCGUCCCCUCUCGCCUCUCGUCCCCUCUCCCCUCUCGCCCCCUCUCGCCUCUCGUCCCCUCUCGCCUCUCGUCCCCUCUCGCCUCUCGUCCCCUCGGGCGAGGCUGGGGGUGUGGUGGGGUCAGCCCUGGGUUUACUUGUGUCGGUGGGAUGGACCAGCGGAGGUGAGGGUAAUCACAUUAAAGCGGCCGGACGCUGGCAGGUUGGUGUGUGCGUGAAGGGCUUAAAAACAGCCCGGCGGCCGCCCUGGGCUGGGAGGACGCGAGUGCCAGCAGAUUAA